UCAUUCUCGCCACAGACGGCGUACACUAAUGAUUUAAAUUCCGUCGGUUGAGUCCAUAUAUCGUAGUCGUUACACAUUCGAUAAUCUUCAAAUCGGUUUUAAAUUACUUUUGUAUUGUUUAGUUUUGGUAUAACAACUUUUUAAUAUUAAAAAAUAAAUAAACUUGUGUAAAUUUGAAAUGUUUUACCCAUCGCUUCGAUUGUUGAUCGUGUUAAUUGUUGCGAUCACGCGGGUUCAAAUCAACGGCCAAACCAGUAAUACCCAAGUGAAACCUGAGUUGUGGGUCUCCGAUUUGUUUUAUCGCGCGUUGGCUAAUUUCACCGUGAGAAAUGUCGGGAGCACCGCUUGUCAAGAGCAAUCCGAGAUGUAUGACCGCAAUUUAAGAAAUUACACACACUGGGCUAUAAAAAUGGCAGAAUCUUGGAAUCGACAUCCAGUCGGUUUUUUGUCUGGGAAUACAUUUCACAUGGGACUUUAUGAUGAGUGUAUUGAUAUACGUUAUCCAGUUAAAGGCCAGUAUUGCUUAACUGAAACAAAACUAUUACUGUCUGCGGAAAACACCAUUAGUCACAACGAAGUACACAAUAGGAAUAACAUUGGAAGUUAUUAUGCAUGGCAGACCUUACUUGGGUGGAUCGAUUAUCCAGAUCAAAUUCCACGAAAUAUUUUGAAUUUAGGAAUUUGCAUCCCGGAUUCUUGUUCAUCGUCAGAUUUACAAAAAACAUUGCAAAAUGAAUUGGAUAAAGUAUUCUUACCAGAAAAAAUCAAAGCUGUUGUUAAAGUAGAUCCAAUUUUAUGUACUGUCAAAGAAGAUAAAUAUCCUUACAGUAUAGCAUAUCAUAUAACCAGUGCAAUUUUCGUAGUACUUAUUUUUCUUUGCUGUGUUAUUACGAUAUAUCAGUACACAAAAAUAUCUUCCCGACAUGAUACAACUAAAAAAAUAAACGAUAACGAUUCAGUUUUAUAUUCAUUUUCAUUUAUUGAAUCUGGCAAAGAUUUGUUUAAGUACGAUAAAAAUAAUGAAUUAAAUCUAAUUAAUGGAUGUAAAGUUCUGACGAUGGUGUUCAUUCUUUUAGGUCAUCGAUUUAUGUAUUUAGCAGGCAAUCCAAUGACUAAUGCUAAAAUAGUUGAAAAUAUUUAUAUUAGUGGACCUGACAUUCUGUUAACCUGCAUGAACUUAGUUGAUCCAUUUUUUUUCAUGAGUGGCUAUCUUAUUUACAUUACAAUCAUACCAGUAUUUCAAAAAUCUGGACCAAUUUGGAUGAAAAUUGUAUCUCCAAUUAUCUAUAGAGUAUUAAGAAUACUACCAGCAUACUGCGCCGUGAUGGCGAUAACUGCUAAUAUCGUGCCGCAUCUUGGAGACGGUCCACUAUGGUCACAAAAUACAUGGAAAGAAGCCGAGAUUUGUAAAAAAUAUUGGUGGACAAACGUACUGUUUAUAAGUAAUUUUAUUGAUUCCAAGUACCAAUGCCUUUUGAUGGGCUGGUAUUUAUCGUGUGAUAUACAAUUUUUCAUCAUUGGAGUAAUUAUUGUUUGUGUUUAUACGAAGAAUGAAAAAUACGGAAAAAGUUUAAUUGGUGUUUUGAUUGGUGUAUCGCUCUCUUUGCCAUUUAUUAUCACGUAUAUGAGGAAAAUUGAUGGAAUACUUAAAGUUGAUUUGCCAUUCUUAAACAAUCCAAGAAGUUCCACUGUAUAUAACCAAACAUACAGAGAAUCUUAUUCACGAGCAAUUCCUUUCGUCUUUGGGUUAGCAAUGGGUUUUAUAGUACAAAAAUUGAAAAAAUCAAAAUUCAAAUUUUCACAAAAAACCGUCUAUAUUGGAACCAUCCUCGUCUUCUUGGUUUGUAUGUGUAUUCAACUUAUUGGGGCUGAAUUUUAUAAAAACGAAAGACCUUAUUAUCCAAUUGAACAUGCUUUAUAUGCGACUUUAAGUCAUUGUACUUGGACAACAAUUUGUGCAUGGAUUACUAUUUGCCACCUUACAACUGGUUAUGGAUUGCUUUCAAAAAUACUUACAAAUAGAUUAUGUGUGAUUUUGGGAAGACUCUCAUACAGUGUUUUCUUAAUCAAUUUACCUCUUAUGCAAAUGUCGCAGAGUUCUCAGCGAUCACCAACUUAUUUUUCAGCAAAAACCUUGUUGGAAAUGUGGAUUUAUGAUUCAUUUAAAUGUUAUUUGAUGAGUUUUAUAUUAUUUAUGAUUGUUGAAGGACCAUUUGGAAAUUUAAUGAAGUAUAUGUUUGGACGAAGGAAGAAAAAUAUCUCCUCAAAUACAAAUGAAUCACCAAUUGAAAACGUAAUACGUAUCGAGAUUUCAAAGGAAGAAUCAAGUAAAUUAUAAAAAACUCCACGAAACAGCCAAGAUAUUGCUGAAUUAUCAAUUUUAUUGAUUUUUUUUUUAUUAAAAAAAUGUACUUUUAUUCUAUAAGACAAGUAUAAUUUAACUUCAAAGUUGUAUAU